GUAAAAUAUAAAGCAAUGCCAGCGACAGUGUUUCUUGCUCUCUCGUAUUCCGGAGACAGAAAGGGUUUUAGACCUACAAAGAACCAGAGAGAAGCUCUCCUUCCUUCUUCAAGAGUCAAUAAUGGCAGACGAAGAUUACAAUGAUGUUGACAUGGGAUAUGAGGAUGAGCCACCAGAGCCUGAGAUUGAAGAAGGGGUUGAAGAAGAUGCAGAUAAUGAUAACAAUGAAGAUGACAAAGGGGAACCAAUUGAAACUGAAGACAAAGAGGAACAGGAACCAGUGGAGCGGCCUCGUAAAACAUCAAAAUUUAUGACAAAAUAUGAGCGUGCGAGAAUUUUGGGAACCCGUGCUCUUCAAAUCAGCAUGAAUGCUCCCGUGAUGGUUGAGUUGGAGGGUGAGACUGACCCGCUCGAGAUUGCUAUGAAGGAGCUUCGUGAGCGAAAAAUACCUUUCACCAUCCGUCGCUACUUGCCUGAUGGAAGUUUGUUCUUGUUCUUUAAUGCGCCCUGUGGAAUUAUCCAGUUAUGAAGACUGGGGAGUUGAUGAACUAAUCGUGGAGGACUCGUGGAAGAGGCAAGUGGGAGGUGAUUGAGAAACCAAGAUUUGGUUGGUGAACCCUGUUGCAAUUUGAUCAAGUUGGAGAUAGUUUAAAGCCUUGUAUAAUAUGUAACCAAAAGUAUUUGCUCUAAUUGCUCGGAACAUGACCUGUGAAACUAAACUGAAUAUGUGGUGUUAUGACAGAUUUUGAACUCUAGAAGUGCUUGUGAUUCUUAGAAAGAAAUGAAUGUGGGUGCUUUGAAUUUCAAA